AAGCCUGCGACAACUCCUCGCACAUCCGAUAUGUCGACCUAUCAGCAGCCAAGCAGCAGCCAAAGUACGACGCACAAACCAGGAUGAUUCACCAUCAAAGCAAACAAAUAUGAGGUUCAACGAGAGGUGUGAGGUAUACACAACGGCAAAAGCGAAGCGACCAUGCCAGAUCUCGACUCGAGAGAUGUCGAGAAGAAUGCCCUGGAUUCACCUGAGAUGCACGGUCCGGAGUCGGCCACAUCCUCCACCGCCUCAGAAGGCCGCUCAAGGAACUUCCUCAGCAGCGUCAAGCAGUCCGUCGUACACGACAACUUCGAGGCUCGCGGCGUCCAACGAGUACUCCCAGCCGAGCGCAAUCCGACAUCCACAUUUGGCUUUCUCCAAAUCAUGCUUAUGUGGAUGAGCAUCAACAUGACCGCCGUCGUGAUCGUCCUGGGCUUCCUCGGGCCCAUCACUUUCUCCUUAUCCUUCAAAGAUGCCUCUCUCCUUGCAGUCUUCGGCGCAAUAGUUGGAGCGACGCCGGUCGCCUACAUCGCCACUUUCGGCCCUCGCUCCGGCAACCGCACCAUGAUCCUCACCCGAUACAUCACCGGUUGGUGGCCAUCCAAAGUCAUCGUCAUUCUCACACUCAUCAUCCUCAUGGGCUACGUCCUCCUCGACGCCGUUAUUGGCGGUCAGAUCCUCUCAGCCGUCAGUCCCAACGCUUCCCUCAGCGUCAUAGUCGGCAUCGUCAUCGUCUGCAUCCUCACCUGGAUCGUGACCGCAUUCGGCUAUUGUGUCUUCCAUCACUUCGAGCGCUACGCCUGGAUCCCCUCCCUCAUCGUCAUUUGUCUCCUCAUCGGCGUCUCCGCUCCAAAAUGGAAUCUCGAACCAGGUCCCGCUCUCCCACCUCGCACCCUCGCCGGCAACCGCCUCUCCUUCUUCUCUCUUUGUCUCGCCGCCGAAAUCACCUACGCCGAAUCGGGAGCCGACAUGUUUGUCUACUAUCCAUCCACCACUUCCCGCACAAAAGUCUUUCUCUCCACCCUCGCUGGUCUCACCCUCUCCUCCGCCAUCGCCCUCAUCACCGGUAUUGGCCUCGGCUCCGGCACUCUCACCGAUCCAGCCUGGUCCUCCGCCUACUCCGUCUCCGCAGGUGCCCUCAUCGUUGAAGCAUUCCGUCCACUCGGUGGAUUCGGCUCAUUCUGCAGCGUUCUCGUUGCACUGGGUAUAGUCGCAAAUAUGGUCCUGCCGACCUACGCUUCAGGAGUGGACUUCCAAGCGUUCGGCCGAUGGUUCGAAAGGGUCCCGCGGAUCGUGUGGAAUACCGUUGCGCUGGUCGUACCGAUGAUUGGAGCAAUCGCAGGACGAGAACACCUGGCGGAGAUCUUCUCCAACUUCCUGGCAUUGAUGGGUUAUUGGGUGUCUAUCUGGAUUGCGAUCGUGGUGGAAGAGCACAUCUUGUUCCGAAAGAUGGGAGGCAAGGGUUGGAAGUGGGAGGACUGGAAUGACAGGACGAAGCUCCCUAUCGGUAUUGCGGCGGGCGUUGCGUUCCUUGUGGGAUGGGUUGGAGCGAUUAUGGGUAUGUCGCAGGUCUGGUAUGUGGGACCGUUGGCGAAGCUGGUCAGUGAGCAGGGAGCGGAUAUCGGGAAUUAUGUUGGGUUUUCGUGGGCGUUGGUGGUGUAUCCGCCUUUGAGGUGGGUGGAGCUGAGGUGGGUUGGGAGAUAG